AUGAUGUUCGAAGCGUCUUUAAAUAAUGGUGUUAUUCUCAAUUGCUUCAGGUUUACGGCGGAUUGGGCGCUCAAAGAUAUUGAGAUUGGGCGACCGUUGCGAAAGGGAAAGUUCGGCAAUGUCUACCUGUCACGAGAGAAGUCCUGUAAGUUCAUCAUCGCACUCAAGGUGAUGUUCAAGUCUCAACUGCAGAAAAACGAGGUUGAGAUUCAGCUUCGCAAGGAAAUAGAAAUCCAGUCACACCUCAAGCGGUGGACAAUCUGCGGCACCCUGGACUACCUGCCGCCUGAGGUGGUUGAGUUCAGUGUGUACGACGAAAAGGUGGACAUCUGGUCGGUUGGCGUACUCACCUACGAGUUCCUGGCUGGCAAGGCGCCCUUCGAGUCCACGACGGUCAGGGACACUCACCGCCACAUCUGCGCCAUCGACAUCAAGUUUCCCGACUUUGUCUGCGAACCAGCGAGGGACCUCAUCACCAAGCUCCUGAAAAAGGUGGCCAAGGAGCGGGCAACCUUGGAUGAAGUUCUGGCUCCCACGUGGGUCGUGGACAACGAUGGCACGACUGUCAAAGCAUCAACCUUGUGAACGAAGUCUCGGCAUGUGCGAUACCAGGGUUUAGUGAGAAAAGCAUAUUGCAAGCUUUGCAACUCACUUGUGCAAUAUUGCGUCACACAAUGAUAUUUUUCCCCUUUCAGCUUUUCUUAGCCCUCCCUUUUUUGUGUGUAAUUGUUUCAACAAGUGAAU